AUGGAUUUGGAGUCUAGUUCACCUAUAGUUACGACUGGUGCUCAUCCUCGACGAUCUCCAAAGUAUCUCUUCUUACCCUUGAUAUAUGAUGGAUAUCCUAUUGGAAACGAACAGGUGGCUUCAAAUGCUAUAGCAACGGCAGACGCAGCUACUGAGGCAGUUGGCACUUCUAUGUCACCUCGUAGGAAACAAAUCUUCGACGAUUCAGAGGAUACUGUUGGAACGAAUGUGAAUGAGUGGUUUGUUCGCUCAAAUGAACGUCCUGCGACUACUAUCAAUCAGGACUCCGGAGAAAUCAGUGACCCGCCAUACUUUCUUCAACAAAGCUCCAACGAUGACACCUAUUCCAGCAAAGAGGUGUCUGUUCGAACCAAACGAUUCAGCCUGCACCAACUGAAAGGUAUAUCAAGAUCUCGGGGUGGCAGCUCUUCAGAAGAGUACCGUAGUAUUAUUGACGAUUUGACGAUUGAAACCCAGAAAUUGAGGGAAGAGCUUAAGAGAUUUAAACGUUCGUCUGUUACCCACUUGGAGAAUGAAAAGCUUUUCGAAGUUAAGAUCCAUUCCCUGCCGGCAAGCAAACGAAGGGAGUUGGAAGAACUUCUUCGCUCGUUUUCUACUACUUUUAACAAUUCGUCAAAAGACCUUGGCAUUAAAGUUCCAUCGGGUCGUCCAUCAAGAGCUAAUCCACUUUCCGGUCAACUUUCAAAGCAUAAAUCUGUUUUACCGGGAUUCAAUUUUCGACCAACUGAUUCUGCAUAUGCGUCGAUGUCAAGAUCCGGGCCGUCUCAUGGUCACUUGGUCGGGAGAGAACAUCGAGCAGCUCAGACGAGGCACACGGAAUACCGAAAAAUGCAAGAUUUCCUACAGGACAUUCCCGAGAGGCAACUACCGAGAACUUCGCUAGAAAUGACUGAGAAACAGAGGAAGAAAAUGGUUGUCACACGUCUGGAACAAUUAUUUACAGGAAAGAAAGGACCGCUCAUCGAUGGCGGUGAGCACAGCCACUCCAAGCAACAAGAAGAAGUGUCUCAGUCUGCCGCGAGAGCGGAUCAAGCCUCACAAAACCACCUAAAACCCAAAGAAGGUGUGCGCGAAGCCAACAUUGGGCCACAUAACAUGGAACUAGAUAAAAAGGGUUUGAAAAGCGCUCAAAAUAACUCGAAGACCGCCCAAUCGCCAACAGAGCAAUUAAGUUAUGCUCCUACAAAGUCUCGCGGGUCGCCUUCACCAGAGCAGAGGCCAACUAGACCCUUGGAAUUGGAUCCAGAUCGUGAACAAGUUGGUUCUGAUAAUGUCAAGUAUAUUCGCCACCUUGGCAUUUCAGCACCCCAGCUAUUAAUGGAAGAAUCACAAGACGCUGCCAUUGACGCUGAUGGGUGGGUUUAUUUGAAUCUUCUCAUCAACAUGGCGCAACUCCAUAUCAUCAACGUUACACCAGACUUUAUUAGAUCUGCAGUCACGGAAUUGAGCACAAAGAUUCAGGUAUCUCCAGAUGGCAAGAAACUGCGAUGGAGAGGUGGCACUCAAGGAACACGGCUAAGUAGCGACAGUGGCGAUAGCAGUGUUCAUCUUCGAUAUCCACUCGAUGAUGAUGAUAGUGAUGAAGGUUCGCGCAAGAGGCGCAAGGUUCAUACCAACAAAAUCACUCCCACAGGACAAGCACCUUCGAAAAAAUUACCCAAGAACGCAAAGAGUCCUCUCACGACCGGUGCAUUCUUCUAUGAGCCAAUAUUUGCUCGGUAUCCGCAACAUCCCUCCGAGAUGUCUUACGAUGAAAGUGAUUCGCCAAACCACUACAAUCUUGCCGGCUUCGCAUCCCCUGAUAAGAUGCUUGACAGCGAUAGCCCGCGUGACGAUGGGCCGAUGAUUUUCUAUCAUGGAACGAACUUUUUUAGUGAUCUCUCUGGCGAUCGUGGCCGUUCCGAACCUCCGCUGCAUAUUACUGGCGUUGACAAGGACGGCUACAGCAGCCACACUCAAGAUGCGGUCGGUUGCUCACACCCUCAGAGACAUUUCCUCAAACGUAGGACAACUUCUGGCUCACUUUUACCAUUCAGGCCUUUGAACGACUAUUCCGAAGGAGUAGAUAUGUUUCAAACCCCUAAAAUACGACGACAAACUCCGAGUGUGCUUUCCGAUGACAUGGACUUCGAGUUCACGACCGAUCUGGCUUGUGAUAGCCCAGGAUCCCCAUCGUCUCUCGUCAAUUUUAGUGCCAGUGGGCUUGGCGGCGUGCAACCAGCUGAUCAUUUACUUUACAAGGUACAUACGCGAUGGAAAAUGGAAAAUGUUCAUGGUCCUGUCAGAGUCUCCAAAUCAUCCGCACCACGCUCAACUUCGAACAAGAUGGUACAUACCAUUCCAAAGUCUUCGCUGGUUUCAUUCUAUAAUUCUGACCCUCAGGAUAGCAUAAUCAGCAAAAUAACCCGCAUGACUGCUCGUACCAAGGAUCCCCUAUCUCCUUUGCCACCCCGAUCAUAUGAGGAUUUACCCGCCAAAGCAGAAAAUAUCUCGGAACAACUUAUAAUGCUUGAGCCAUCAACACUUCCAGAGCCGUCCUCUUAUUUCAGCAUAUUUUCUAACUCCGACUACACAGGAGAAUCUUCUGAUCGCUCGUCUUUCACAGGAAUCGCUCAUCUCCGGGACAAACCCCUAGAGAGGGAGGAGGAUCUAUUGUCAGACAACGAUAUACACGUUUCUUCGGAUGAUAAUGCUAUCGACGUCGAAGAUGCUGAUGAUGAUGAUAUUGAUGAUGACAAUAGCAUCGAUAUGUUCACUUAUGCGCGAGGAAUCGAAUCUAACAUUGCAACCAUACGAGAAGAAAACAACGCAAAGCAAGCGACAAAUCAAUCCAGCUGGAAAGCGCGGCCUCGAAGUCGGUAA